AUGCCAUCUCAAACACUUGUCGGUGUGGUCCUGGUGGCAAUUGUGCUCUAUGCGACCAAGCUUCUAAUUUCCCGCAAAAAGGCGCCUGGGCCUCUGCCCCCAGGCCCAAAGGGAAAACCAAUUCUCGGUAACAUUUCAGACUUGCCCGCUCCAGGGACGGCGGAUUGGGUGCAUUGGCUGAAGCAUAAGGAUCUCUAUGGUCCAAUCAGCUCGAUCACGGUCAUGGGCCAAACCAUCGUGAUUCUCAAUGACAGUCGCACCGCAACGGAUCUUCUCGGGAAACGCUCGGCGCUUCAUUCGUCGCGACCAAACCUAGUCUUUGCGUCAGAGAUGGUUGGCUGGGAGCACAUUAUGGCCAUGCAAACAUAUUCGGACCGAUUUCGUGCUUAUCGCAAGGCGAUGCAACCUUAUCUCGGCCACGAAGCCGCUGUGGCGCAAUACAAUUCCUUGCAAGAGGUCGAGUGUCAUCGGUUUCUGCUGCGGGUGCUGAAAGACCCUUCGCAGCUGUCGCAACAUAUCUCAACUGAGGCUGGCGCGAUUAUUUUGAAAAUCGCAUAUGGAUACACGACUGACCCACAUAAGUUAGACCCAUUGGUGCAUAUGGCCGGUUUGGCUCUUGAGCACUUCGCCAUUGCAGGAACUCCGGGAGCAUGGCUUGUCGAUAUGAUUCCUGCUUUGAAAUACGUACCCUCCUGGUUCCCUGGAGCGGGUUUCAAACGCAAGGCACAAGCAUGGAAGAAGAACCUCGAAAACACUGCCGAUAUACCGUACGAUUUUGUCAAGCGGCAAAUGGAGAGCGACGAAUUCAAGCCCUCUUAUCUGUCCAAUCUUUUCAAGGCCGAAGGAUAUCCAGCUGCUGACACCGAAGAGGAGAUUGUCGCAAAGUGGACUGCGGCGUCACUGUACACAGGCGGUGCUGACACUACGGUUUGCUCAGUCAAAACUUUCUUCUUAGCUAUGACCCUAUACCCCGAGGUCCAGCGUAAAGCACAAGAAGAGCUUGAUCGAGUAUUGGGCGCUGGCCGACUUCCUAGGACGGCCGACCGCGCAAAUCUUCCGUAUAUCGAGGCUGUUGUGAAGGAGACUCUUCGUUGGCAUCCAGUCGCACCGAUGGGUAUUCCCCACAUGUCUAUCGAUGAUGACAUGUACGAAGGCUAUCACAUUCCUAAGGGUUCUUUGAUUAUGCCCAAUAUCUGGGCCCUGCUUCACGACCCCGAGGUUUAUCAUGACCCAAUGACAUUCAAGCCCGAACGCUUCCUGGGUGUCGAUGGCCGUGAGCCUGAAAUGGACCCUCGCGGUGUCGUGUUCGGUUUUGGUCGACGCGCAUGCCCGGGUCGACUCUUGGCGGAGAACACGGUGUAUCUGAGUGUUUCUCGGUCGCUGGCGGUCUUCAACAUUAAUAAAGCAGUUGACAAUGGCAAGGAGGUGGAUGUCAAGGCAGAAUUUCAACCUGGUGUGAUUAGCCACCCAGUUGCGUGGAAGUACGAUAUAAAGCCCCGUAGCCCUGCGCACGAGGCCUUGAUUCUUUCCGUGGAGACAGAACAUCCAUGGGAGGAAAGUGAUGCCGCCGCCCUGAAGGUUUGA